AUGAAGGCGAGUGUCUUCCCCUACAUCGCUUUGAUCGCUGGAGCUGCGGUGCUUGCCAAGGAGAAGUCGUCCAACCCCGAUAAGGUGGAUCAACUCUUUCCGGAACAAAACCCUUCCUCGACUCUUGGUUCGCCUUCUGCUUCGAAGCCGGACGUGAAACAAUGGGAGGUUUAUCCGAUCGACCUCGAGCACGCAAGGCCGUUUCCUGAGCCGAAGCCCAAGACAGUCACCGACAUGGCGGGCGUCAAGUUCAAGCCUCAUCUCCACGUUUCUGAGGGAUGCUUCUCGUUUCCGGCUGUGAAUGCAGCGGGGAAGACGAAUGAGGGCCUCACGAUUGAAGAUGGAAUGGCUGACAUUAAAUGCAAGGGACCGAAGUACGGGUCUCAAACCUUCGGGCGCGGGACGUGGCAUCGGGACAGAUGGGCCAUGAUGUUCGCGUGGCAUUUCCCGACGUACAAUCGUAAGUACGAAAAUUACGACUGGGAGCACGUCGUCGUAUGGCUCAGGAACCCUGCAGGAGAAAACCAGACGCUUGAGGCGGUGUCGAUAUGGGACGAUGUUCAACGUGUCUACACGAAAGCAGUCCCGCCUGCCCGGGAGUUUAUGGCCGGGUCGAGCGUCAAAGUCGAGUUGGGGAAGGACGGUCUCCGGCGCAAGCUCCGCUUGUCACGUUUGGAUAGUCAGUUCCAACCCCAACUGAUCAUGUGGGACCAGCUGCCGGAGAAGGCCCGCCAUGCGCUCGAUACUGUCGUGUGGAACCAAAUGCCCAUGCCUCUGAGCGACUCACGCUUCACGCUCGCUUUGGAAAACGCUUGGCCUUUUGCUCCAGCGCCACUACCUGAUGACUCUGCCUGA